UGCAUUUUCUUCAAUUUGAGUUCCUCAGGAUACAUCAAUAUCAUAUCAUUAAACGCACACUUAUUUAAGUGAAAUUCCAAUUCCGCAGUUUAAAGCUUCCGUCAUUCAGGUGAAAAUUAUUUUCCAUGGGUAAAAGCCAUUGACAGCCGUUGACUUUGACAAUUGUACGCAAUUGUUCCCAAUUCUUUUUACUACCUAUACAUUGUACUUUCUAUGGAUAUGAUUAUGUAAAUAUAAAAAAAAAAUUAAUUCAAAUGGCUUUAAUAAAAGUACCCUCAAUUUACUAUAAGGACGUAUAGAGGAUUUAAAAAAAAUAUAAGAAAGAAAUAGAUAAUUAACUAACGAUAACGAAUAAGGAAAGAAGAUGAUGCUGAAAGAAUUAACUAUCCUAGUCCUCUGGGCUUGCGUUCUCAGCAUCUCGACUGCCGUUGCUCCCAAUAAUAACCAAGUCGCCAAAUAUGAUGAUUCCAAUAAAAUUGAUAAUUCUGAUUCAUCAAGAAAAGACAUGCAGAAGGCAGGGGAUAAAAAUGGUGAUGCAUCAAAGUUGGAAGUACCAGCUAGCCCAAUCAUUAACCCAGUGGAAAAAUUUAUUAGAAGAGAAAUUGCGAAGAAAGAAAACCUCGCCCUUUGGUUGGCCCUAGAAACAAUGAGUUACGGCUCGGGAGCUACGGCUAAGAGCAUUUCGGAAGGAAUGCAGUUGGCCAUAAAUGGAAUGACACAAUUAUUCACCGACAUUGGACUUCCAGCUGCGAACACUGCGGAAAAGUUGUCGUUGCUCUCGGAUCAAAAGGCAAAAUCAAGAUCCAAAAGAUCAAUUUCAAGCGCUAUCGGCACUUUGUACAGUGGUGUCACUCAGCUAAUUAAGUUUCCAUUUAUUCUUAUAAAGGGAAUUUUCCUCUUGCCGUUUAGAAUAGUCUACUACACGCUACGUUGGCCUUUUUCAUUCAUAUUUGGGGGUGACAGCUCGACCUACACUCUUCUCUUGACGGACAUGAGUACCGAGAGAAUUACCCAUAUGGUACUAACUGCCGUCUGGAAAUUCAUGAGAGACACCGGCUUUGCCCAGUUGAAUACUUUUGCCACUAAAUUAAAGGACAAUAAUGGUGUACCCACUCAAUUCAGAACUUUGCUGUCUGAGUAUGCUGCUAUUUACAGCGUAAUGAAGAUGCUGAAAUAUGUUUCCUAAUAUUUAUUCUAGUGUGUGUUAUACUACAACUAUAUUUAUCCUCUCAUAUUAAUACUUAAAAUCUAAAAUAGUAAUAAUUUCCAGUGUAAUUACCCUAGGAAUCAGUAAAAUACUAAUUGGAAAAUUUCUACAAAUUCAUGUAACUAAUUAAUUUAUUGAAAUUCAAGAGGUAUUAGCAUUUAUAUUCAAAUUUCGCAAAAACUAUAUUUCAAAAUGUUACGAAAAUAAAGAAUAAAGUUACAAA